AGAGCAUUUUCCUUUACAAACCUCCCGGCUCCCCCGACCCAAACCUGCCCAAAGAAAAAAAUGCUAGGGACCGAAGGAAGGAUGCAGCGCUCAGCUCGCGCCGCCCUCCGCUGCUGCUGCUGCUGCGAGCGGAUCCCCGGGGAGUCCGCGUGAUGGGCGGCGGAGCGUGGCCAAUCAGAGCCAGGGAGGCUUGGAGUGGCAGGAGCGCCUGACCAAUCGGAGUGAGCGUGGGGGGGGCGGGGAGACGGCUUCAUGCCCUGCCCCUUUCCUGCAUCCCUCCCUCCAUCCUCAGGUUAGACUGAGCCGCAGGUGGGGGCUGGAGCAAAGUGUGGGGGAAGGGAAGGAGGGCGGGCGUGCACAGCCGAGCGGAGGAGGAGUGGCGGCACCGGCUGCUCGCUGUAUCUCUUUCUCUGUCUCUCUCUCUCUCUCUCACCCUCUCCCAUGGAGCAGCUCCGGUCCAUGUUCAUCAGGUCUCCCUGCUCCUCCUCCGCCACCGGGAAGGAAGAGGCUGAAGAGAGGGACAGGGCGGUGCAGCAGCAGCCGGUGGAAGAGGAGGAGGAGGAGGAGGAAGAAGAGGAGGAGGAGGAUGAGGAGGAAGAUGAAGAGGAGCAGCCUCCUCCUCCUCCCCAGCCACAGCAUCCAGCCCCCUCUAACCUGUUCUGGACCGCCGUCUUCGAUUACGAGGCGAGCGCAGAGGACGAGCUCAACCUGCGCAAGGGGGACGUGGUGGAGGUGCUCUCCAAGGAUUUCAAAGUCUCUGGAGAUGAAGGCUGGUGGACAGGCAAAAUCAAUGACCAGGUUGGCAUCUUUCCCAGCAACUAUGUCACCAAUGCCCCGUGUUACAGUAAGUUGCAAGGUCAGAGCACGGAACACUACCCUCUGCCACUGGAAAUGGACUUUAAUGAGCUGCAGCUGGAGGAGAUUAUUGGUGUCGGUGGCUUUGGAAAAGUCUACAGGGGCAUCUGGAGGUCAGAGGAGGUAGCUGUGAAAGCAGCUCGGCAGGACCCAGAUGAGGAUAUUAGUCAGACCAUUGAGAAUGUUAAGCAAGAAGCAAAACUGUUUGCUAUGCUGAAGCACCCUAACAUCAUAGCCUUAAAAGGGAUUUGUCUGAAAGAGCCCAAUCUUUGCUUAAUCAUGGAGUUUGCCCGUGGAGGCUCCUUAAAUAGAGUGUUAUCGGGCAAGAAGAUACCACCUCAUAUUCUUGUCAACUGGGCAGUACAGAUUGCAAGGGGCAUGAAUUACUUGCACGAAGAAGCAAUUGUUCCUAUUAUUCAUCGGGACCUCAAGUCUAGUAACACUGAUCCGACUGUUGUGGUGAAAGAUUCCAGGACUUUGUCAUGGACUUCAGUAACAAUUUUGAUACACGAGAAGGUGGAAAAUGAGAGCCUUAGUAACAAGACUCUGAAAAUCACAGACUUCGGCCUGGCACGAGAGUGGCACAAGACUACCAAAAUGAGUGCUGCGGGGACCUAUGCCUGGAUGGCACCAGAAGUCAUCCGAUCCUCCAUGUUCUCCAAGAGCAGCGACAUCUGGAGCUACGGUGUGUUGCUGUGGGAACUACUGACUGGGGAAGUUCCAUUCAGGGGGAUUGAUGGACUGGCUGUGGCCUAUGGGGUGGCUAUGAACAAAUUGUCCCUUCCUAUUCCUUCAACCUGCCCGGAACUAUUCAGCAAACUCAUGGAAGAUUGCUGGAACACAGAUCCGCACUCCCGCCCCUCAUUCAGCUGCAUUCUGGACCAACUCACCGCCAUCGAGGAGUCAGGCUUUUUUGAAAUGCCGCAGGAUUCAUUUCACUCCUUGCAAGAAGAGUGGAAACAGGAGAUCCAGGAAAUGUUCGAACAACUCCGGGAAAAGGAGAAGCAAUCAUUCCAUCUUAACCAGGAAUUACGCACCUGGGAGGAGGAGCUGUCCCGCGCUGCCUUGCAGCAGAAGAACCACGAGGAGGUGUUGCGACGCCGGGAGCAGGAGCUGGCUGAGCGGGAGAUUGACAUUCUGGAACGGGAGCUCAACAUCAUCUUCCACCAACUCCACCAGGAGAAGCCCAAGGUGAAGAAACGCAAAGGCAACUUCAAGAAGAGCAGGCUCAAGCUCAAGGAUGGCAACCGCAUCAGUCUGCCCUCUGAUUUCCAGCAUAAGAUCACCGUGCAGGCCUCCCCCACUCUGGAUAAGAGGAAGAGUCUGAUCAGCAGCAAGUCAAGUCCUCCAGCAAGUCCUACCAUCAUCCCGAGACUCAGGGCAAUCCAGCUAACACCAGGUGAAAGCAAUAAGACCUGGAGUCGCAGUUCAGUGUUUCAGCGAGAAGAGUGUGAUGAGGAAGAAAAGAAAGGACAGAAAAAGAAGGGCUGGACGUGGGGCCCCAGUUCUUUACAUCAAAAGGAUCUUACUGGUGGGGAAGAUAGCCUUAAGCACCUGAUUGAUGGAAACAAGCAGUGGUCCUCCAGUGCUCCCAAUCUGGGGAAAAACCAUCGACCCAUUCCUACUGUCCCAGAGUUUGCCAGCCUCAUUGAAAUAGAGCAUGAAGAUGGUGACACCAUUGUUGAUUUUGAUGUAACACUACAACAACCUGCUUUACACAACCAAGCCUACCUCUCUUUACCAUUUGACAGAAAUGAUGGCGAGGGUGCUGUUAGUGACAAUAAUGAGGAUCCUACUCCAGUAAACUCAACUACUAGCACCCCACAGCAUACUCCCACCAACAGUAUAAAACGAGGCUCACAAAGGAAGAAGUGUGAUUUUGUCUUCCUGGGUUGUGGGGCUGUCCUAGCAGCAGUGGCUUUGGGAUUAGAUUUGCUUGAAUUGGGAAAAUGUCAGAUUUUGCAAGAUGAUGUUGAACCAAAGGAAGAGAAGAAAAAGAAGGAAGGCAUUUUCCAGCGCACCAGCCGACUGCGGAGGAGCACCAGUCCCCCUUCUCGAAAACUCUUCAAGAAUGACGAAGCAGUUAUUUCCUCCUUUGAUCCAUCUUCCUCGUUGACAUUGCUCUCAUUGUCUUCCAUUUCUGAAUGCAACUCCACAAGAUCUUUGUUACGUUCAGACAGUGAUGAAAUGGUGGUGUACGAAAUGCCUACAACCCCAAGUUUGAUCAAUGAGAGCUCCAAGUUUAUUACCAAUCAUCCUUUGGUUGAUAUAACCAUUGAGCGCUUCAAACGUGACCCUAAACAAUCAUUGACUCCAACUCAUGUGACAAAAACCACUACCACAGUGCACUGGGGUCACAGGCGAACUCCUUCUGAUGGUGCAAUUAAGCAAGUUCCCCAGACUCCAAGCUGCAUGCCAUCCAAUGGUACCUUGGGUUCCAUUUCUACAGGUGUAGGUAAAAGUCCAAGCCCCAACAGGGAUCCAACGGAGGUUCCGCGCUUGCCUGACCCCAAUCUGGUUUUUCCACCGACUCCGAGACGGAGGAACACAAAGCAGGAUUUCACAUUAGAAAGACCCAAAACAUUGGAAUUUGUACCAAGGCCACGUCCAUCUGCAAACCGUCAGCGGUUAGACCCAUGGUGGUUUGUCUCGCCCAGCAAAACAUGCAGUAAUUCCCCAGUCAACAGUUCAAGCACUGAAACACCAUCCAAUCUGGACUCCUGCCUCAGCAGCAGUGGCACUGUGGAGGAUAGGCCGGGGCUCCCCCUCUUUCUGCCUUAUAGGCAAGGACUCGGUAGCUAUGAGCGGACAUUAUUAGACACAGAUGUGGAAGGUCAGAGUCAGGAUGGGACGCUUCCAUUGUGCGGAGCAGAGAUGAAUCCACGCAAGGCAACAGUCUAUGAGCUACAGCACAAUUUCUGGUCGUAGCAGCAUGCGGUACACCACACAAAUCCACGAAAGGAACUUGCACUGGGAAUGCACUUUUAUGAAAAGACUGGCUUGAACUGAAUGCCACUUAGUGUCAUCCUAGGAUUUUGCCGAAGUUCAAACUUGGAUCCAGGAUUCACCAAGCCGACAGCAAAAAUAAGCAGUUGGAUGCUGUUCAGCUGGGUUCCUCCAUCUUAUUCCCAAAACUCAUCUUGUACUGUACACAUCGAAGAUCUCUGUGUUACCAUCCUCAUUGACUUUUUGGCUUGGAAUCAUGUUGUUAUGAAUCAACGCUAAGUUCAUGUUGCAUUUGUUAGUAGAAAAAACAAUACGUCUGUAUUCUCCUGUGUUGUAACCUACUUAAACAAGUUUCAAGGCAAGCACGUUAGCAGAUGCUAAAAGCAUAAAGCAUGACCAAUCGAGAUUUAUGUACCUUCCAAUAAGCUAUAAAUAGUCUCGAAUGAAGACGUGUUAAACCAUGCCUGUAUUUUAAAAGAAUCUGUCCAUUCAUUUCUUUUCCUCUCUGCAAGUCCAUUGUUUCACCCCUGAAUGAUGACAAGAGCAGUUCAGGUGGAGAGAGGAGAAGAAAUUUGUGCCACCCCCCCCCCCCCCCCCCCCCCCAAAAAAACCUCCCGGCUAGUUAUGGUGGAUGAUCAUGAUUAAAAGCUGAGAAACUCAGCGGUCUUGCAAUGCAGAUAGUAUCUGUGAAGUGAAUAUACAGCUCAGAACUUUUUUUAUCACAAGUGUAAGUCACUCGCAGGUCCCAGCAGGAGGGUGAACACAAAGUAUUGAUUUUUUUUUCAGCGGCUCAUGUGUCAUCCUCUUGAGCCAAUUUUUCUUGCUCUGUUUACUAAACCCUCUCGCCUUUCCUGAUGAGCACCCAUUUUAAAGAGGGUUUUAUCUUCGCAUGAUUGGUGAGAGUAAAUAGACGUUUCUGUCAAUCUGUCAAACUGCAUUGCCUCACCUGAAGUAGUUUUUUACUGAUUUACAAAGAAAACUGUAUCCGGACAUCAGCUAUUAAGAGAAGUAUCAUCUUCAAAAGUCUUUGGGUCAGCAAUGCAGCUCACAGUUCCUCGGUCUGUUGAGUAUAAUUGUAUUUGCUGAAUCAAAGGAUUGGGAACAAGUGUUCCAGUGUUCAUCUCAUGUCCCUUGUAUAAGUGACCACUUGUAUUUAAUGCUCUUUUGUAAGUAUAUAUUGCACUGAGACCUUGAAGGUCAAAGAUUAUGAUAUUAUUAAUAACAUGUAAUGGAAAAUUGUCAAAGGAAUGUUUUAUUGUUAGCUGUGAGGAGACAGUAUCCCUUUUUGUUAGCCUAAGGUCCAUAGGCUGGACAGUAUUUGCAAAAGUCCACAGUCCAGAAGUCAAAUCUUUUAUCCAUGCCUUUCAAUAUAAGCCAGUGUUACUUGCAAGCUUCCUGUGGUGGCUGCUUCCAAUAAUUUUUCAACAAAUGAUACCAGAGAAUAAUGAGACAUGUUGACAGAGGGGUUGCUAUAUGUGGGACUGUUAGUUCUGUUCACGCUGUAGGUUUUAUUUUUCUUCCAUUUUCUCUGUGAAUGCUGCAAUAGCCUUGCCUACCUAUAAAGUUCCAUGUACUUCUCCUGGGGAACAAAAAGUAGGAGUAACGUUGUCUGCUGCAGAAGUGUAAACCUGUCCAAGGGCAUAAUGGUGAGAAGCAGGGGAGCAAAUGGUCUACUAGUGAUAUUACGAGUACCAGUAAUACAAGCCAGAGUUUGACAGGAUGAAAAUAUAGUACAUCUUCAUAGUGUGCACUCUGGUAAUUUAACAACUCCACAAAAACUGCUCACUCACCAAUAUAUUGAGCAUACAGCUCCAGGAAACAAUUUCUAAAAUGGCAUAAUUGAAGUGCGUCUUUUUUUUUGGUUUUAUUUUCAUUUGUACUAUUUGUAAGUGUGAUAACUUUGUGGGUGUAGUUUAUAAGUCAGAAAAACAUAACAGCCUUAUGUUAUUUUCCUGGCAAGAGACAUGUAACUUCCAGAAAGGAUAGUGUUUCACACAGUCAAAUACGUGGGAUUCACAGUCUCCCAGUUUCACAUUGUGAUGGUCCGAGAAUAACUUUCAGCUAAAACUGACAACUCUCUUCAUCCUACCUUGAGUCUGUGCAAUUCCUGCUGGUCAACAGAAGGUAUAGUUGCAGAAUGCACAAGCCAUAUUGGAGUGCAUGGAUGUCAGUGGCAUUAUACACUCUCUUUAUAAUUUUGAUUGGAGAAAAGAAAUGACGAGUAAGGAAAAAAGUAGGAUUGCAGUCUUUGUGAUUAAAAAGUGCUGUUACAUUCUCAAACAGACAUUUCGAUGUCUAUCCCCAUUUAUUUAUCUAGAACAACAACAAUGUUAAGAACUAAACUGGAUGCAGCAAGUACCUCCUGAUCUGACCAUUUAAAUGUAUCUAUUCUCUGAGAACAGUACAAUGUCUUGUUUCCAUUCACUUGUUUCUUUUGAAGGGAAUGUCUGAAACCUUUGGUUUUUGCUUUACUUCAAUCUUGUGCGCUUGAGGCCAAAGAGAAGAUUUUUGAGUUUGACCAUUCCAUUUUUUAAAGCCUACCUCCCUGUCACAUGGCUCUGGCAUACUAAUAUUUGACCUCGCAAAGGCAAAUGUCAAUUUUUCUUUGGAUUUGUAUUUUCUUUGUCACCGCUUUCUGACUUUUAAAUAUUAUUGGAGUGAUAAUCAGUCUGACGUCACACUUACACACACACUCAUACACGCACUCUCACACACACAUGCAAAUAGAAUGGUGGCUGUUUCACUUCAUGAGAGAGUAUUGUCAGCACAUUCUAUUAUAUCUGAAUGCUGGUGUGUCUCUGACAUAUCUAACUAAAGUGUGAUUUAAAAAUUUUAUGCCUUUCCUAGUCAAGUCACAAAUGUACUUUUUAGCUCUCGGUCAGCAUUAUAUUGCUAUUACGUGAAUGAUCAAAUAGCAGUGGAUAUAGGUAGGGAUGUGUGUGGGUCUAACUAAUGAUUCAGCACUAUUUAGAGCGGGGUGGAUAAUUGUGACUCCUUCUGCAUAUUCAAGAGAUAGAAACAUCAUUCUGUUAACAGCAUGCUCAUAGCAGCAUAUAAAUAUUAUUCCAUAUAUUUAAUAAAAUAGAAGGUAGAGCAAUGUGUCUUUGAGACUUUUAGCUACAGUGACUGAUUUGUCCAAGAGUGCACAGAUUUUAUGGUGAAUCGUAGAGUCAGCUGCCUUUCAGAGCUGCUCACUACGAAAUAGGCAGCCAAGUUGCUUCUAUAUUGAGUGGUAUUCUAUCUGCUGGGCUGUUUGGAACAGAAUUUAAUAACAAAAUACAAAUGAUGUUUAGCCAACUGGUGUUAAAGAUCAUUGCACAGGAAUCCAGUCAGAAUGAACAACUCCCAGUUGUAUUGCUCACUAGGUCAAAAACUAAAAGAAAAUGAAAAGCUGAACAUAAAUGCAUUUUGGAAAUGUGAAUUAAAUGCUGAAAUCCCUAUCUACUUAGAAUUGUGCUAUUUCUUACUCUGCGGCUUUUCGGGUGCAAAUAAGAAUGCGGUCAAAAUUUGAGAGUUCUGAUUGAGGAUGUUGCUAUAAGAGCCACAAAUGUGAGACUCCUCUGUAUAAGUAUGUAUCCUUUCCAGCAGAACUAUAGAGCCAUUUAUAUGACCAGAGCAAGUGCUUGCUGUGCCCAUGAUCUUCAGAAUACCAGUAGGAAAGUGGAGAUCUUGAGAUCUCUUGAAAGCAGAGCACUGCCUCCACUUGAAUUUGACCCAGAAGAUGCACUAGAUUAAUCUCUGGGGCAAAACUAGAUGGCAGUGUAGCUGUAAGUAAAUUCAAACCAGCAGCAAACUGCCAGCCUGCUUCUGUAUUGCUGUGCCUUUAUGCCUAUCACCUGAGAAAUAAAUGCUGACACAGGUAAUUAGUGUGCUCAAUCUCCCCACUCAAUCUCACUAGGGUACUUUUGUUAACUGAGAAUGGACAAUGUGUGAUGUGUCAAUAAGAAGGCAGUCUGUAUAAAAAUGAUUCCUAACUUAAAGGUUUAGUGAAAUGAUGGUCAGUUGUGAGACAGGAGCUCGAAGGGUUUUAUGGGUCUCAGUGGAAUAACAACAGAAUGAAAUGUUAAGUUUUCUUUCAGCUCAAGACCUUGUUGAAAGAAAACUUGAGGCAUAAAAUAGGGAAGUCUCUGGACAUAUUUGAUAUAUCCAGUCUAACUGAUAUAUUGCCAAUUUAUUGAUUAUUGAGCAAUUGGUGUCUGUGUUAUUGUAUAAAUACAGCAUAGGUUUGAAAACUGCACCUUAAAUCACCAGGUGCCCAGUACUGACUUAAGGAAAAUGUUCUGAAGAGAAAACUUGAUCUCACUCUUCCCCUGUUCCAAAGGAGAUGGGCAAAUUCUGUUAAAGUUAUUUAAAUUAAGACAAAGUCACUUUAUUAAGAAAGUGCAGGCCUUUGCACAAUCUUCUUAUAGAAUAUCUUUGGGUGCUGGAUUGACUCUCGCCAAUUUGAUUUUGAAAUCCUUUCACUGCUGUACUAUUUGUCAUUGUUAUAAAUUUAACUCAUGGGUGGCACAAUGCUGAUUAAAAUCUAUUGUCUGCUUUAACUUGGCAACAUGGAUGAACAAUAGUUGAAAGCCUGUGUUGAACUACCAGCUUAUUUAAUGAAUUCGCACGUGUGUUUGUUUAAUUAAGCACAUCAACUGUUAAAUCAGAGACAGAAAGACGUACUUUCAUAAUGAGACAAUGAGCUGUUUAAAGUGUUGCAUGAAGGGCCAAUCAAAUGGACUGUGCCACUCAAUGGCCAAACCAGAACCAACAAAUUUUACUAAUGAGCCAGUCGUUCUGAGAUCUUCCAUCCCACCCUAUCUCACCUCACCUACCUUCAAUUUAGCUUUGAGCAAUUUUUGAUUGCACUUGCCUAUAAGGGUAAUGAGAUGGUGCUUUAUUGUGUGGAGUUGCUUUCAACUUGUGUUGACCCAUUGCUUUUAUCAAUGGGAAUUGAGAGUUGACCUUAGGAAGUGGGUGGUGGGUAUGGACAUCACAGCUAGGUCAUUAACAAGUUGUUCAGGUCAGUAA